GGGUUUUUUAAAUAAUAGGAACUGAGUUUACUGUACAAAUAUAUUUUAAAACUACAAUGUAGUUUAUGCAAUGUAAAUAUUUACUUAUAUUUUAACCCUGUUAAAAAAUCUGCAUUUGUCUCAAUGUUUAGUACUGAAACAUGUUGCAAUUUCUCUCGAUAUUUUGUUUUAUUGCUACAUUUAUUAACAGCUUUCAUUUUGAAUAAAAUGAGUCGUCUUCAAUAACUGAUUAUUGAUGCAUUGAUUACAAUAGUUUGUUAUUUAGGCGCAUUUUUAAAAACUUGAGCUAUAUAAAAUUUAACAGGGUCAAUUUUCAUUGCGGGGUAGGUUUUAGCGCAUCCGUAAAGGAUGGCCUUAUCGGUAAGGCAUUUUUAACUCUUGCUGAUAGGCCCCGCCCUCUUCAUACAACGUCAAAAAUCUGUCCUAAUGGGCAAGUGUUUCCACUUUCGGAUAAAAGUUUGUAUUAUUCAAUAUCGAUUUGCAUUUACUUCAAAAAUAUUAUGAAGUAUCAAUAUUGUCGAAAAACAAAAAUACAGUUCAAGAAAAGUGGUUACUUUUGUCACAAAAUUAUAACCUCAAAGUUAAUCGACCAAAUAUAUAUAUACUUUUACACAUACUUCAAUUUUGUUCAAAAAUUAACAACAUGAAAUUUCAAUGUUUAGGCAUUAAUUAAAGUACACCUGGUCCAUAUGUUGGGUUUCGGGCGCCAAACUUGUGUUCUCGUUCAACGUAUUAGUGAUAUUGGUGUUGUUACAAAAAAGGGAGGUUGAAAUGCUAUCGUGAGUUCCGAUAUAAAUUCCAAUUCUAUCAAUAUGUUAGACACGGUUGAGUGGUUGAUAAAAUAAAAUUUGUCGAUUGAAUGUUAUAACACGAUGCUAAUCAUGCGCAUAAAAAUGAUUCUAUUAUUUAUUUGUUGUCGAUAUGUGAGAAAGCGAUUUUGCAUUCGUAACGCGCUAACGUAAUGUAAAGAUAACAUUGUACGAAGAACUGGAGUUAACCUACUUGCACUAUUUGACAAAAAUUGUGCUAGACAGACAUUUUCACGAAUUGGUAAUGAUUCAUCGAAAAACAAAUAUGAUCAAUAGUUUAUGAGACAGAAAAUAGUUUAUUGAUUUUGUGGAAAUGACUAAAAAUAAUUACUAAAUAUUACUGCAAUAAGUUAACACAGAAAGCAUAUGUGUUGUAUUACAAUGCAGGAAGUUUUAUUUAUCAUUUAAAUAAAACUAUGAUGGGAAAAUUUUGUAUGCAUACUUUAGGAAGGUACUAUAUUGGAUAUUAUCAGUUUGAUCAAAUCAGUAAUUUGUGUCGAAUUGGCCACAAUUCAAGAGGCAAAUAUUGGUCAAACGUGUAUCAUGUUUUUUUAAAUUAUGCUCUUCUUAUAUAGAGUUAAUACGCUACAAAUACAUAUAAAAAAUAGGGUUAUGUUUUAUGCAGUCAGAACCAUCUCAAUAACAACGUUAUUUCUAGCAUUGGAAAUUACAGCAAGUAGCAAUAAAAACAAAGCAGGUGGAGUUUAUACCAUAAAUUCAACGCAUUGUGAAUAUUGCUACAACACUACUUGUAAAAUAAGACACGAUGCCAUAUGUGGUAACUACAAUCUAUCAGAUAACAAAGCUAUUGGGAUAGGCAUAUCAGUCGGAGUUGUUGGUUUUAUUCUGGUCGUCUGGCUAUGUAAUAAGCUACUUUCAAGGAAGAGAAAAAACACACUUCCAAACACCCAAAAUUUGUAAUUAAUUUUGAUGGCGAAUUCCCUGACGAUGGGAUAGAAUAGGAUUUAAAAGACUGUGUGAUACCGUUACUACAGAGUGUGAUUGGAUAGUGCAAGUGCAAACAAUGGCAGAAUUGACGAAACGACUCGGAUGGCAAAGAUAUGGAUAAUACUAGUAAUAAAUAUACAAACUUGGUAAUCAAGACACAGUGUACACAAUGUAUCUCCU